AUGAAAAACCAACUGAUCAAUGAAGUAAUUUCUAGGACUGCCUUUGGCAGCAGCUACUUAGAAGGAGAGAAUAUUUUUCAGAAUAUUAUGAAGCUAUCAGUUUUCUUGGUCAAGAAUUCCUUUACAGUUAGAUUUCCUGGCCUAAGUAAGUUUGUCAAAACGAACGACGAAAUUGAGUCAGAAAAGAUUGAGAAAGGAAUACGCGACUCCAUACUAGAGAUUAUAAAGAAAAGAGAAGAGAAAGUACUAAUGAGUAGAGAAGAUGAAAGCUUUGGGAAUGAUUUUCUUGGACUACUUUUAGGGGCUCAUCAUGGUACCAAUGACAAAGAGAGGAUUUCAGUGGAUGACUUUAGUGUAAGACUUUUUACUUUGCAGGCCACUAAUAGUAUGCUUGCUUGGACCGUCUUUCUUCUGGCACAUUAUACAGAUUGGCAAGAGAAAGCAAGAAAAGAGGUCAUGCAAAUAUUUGGCAAACAAACUCCGGAUCCGGACGGCCUUACCAAGGUGAAAACAAUGAGUAUGAUCAUGAAUGAGUCGCUAAGAUUAUAUCCUCCUGUUCUGUCCAUUGAACGGAAAGUCAAUUGGGAAGUUAAACUAGGAAAGUUCACUAUUCCUGCUAAUGUUGAUGUGCACAUUCCAACUCUAGCACUGCACCAUGAGCCUCUAUUCUGGGGUCAAGAUGCGCAACUUUUCAAGCCAGAACGAUUCUCCGAGGGGGUUGCUAAAGCUACUAACAACAAUGUAGGUGCCUUCUUGCCCUUUGGAAUGGGGCCUAGAAUUUGUGCAGGUUUCAACUUUGCAACCAUUGAAGCCAAGAUUGUUUUGUCAAUGAUUCUACAGCGCUACAGCUUCACCCUUUCUCCAGGUUAUGUGCACUCUCCACAUCAAUUUCACACCAUUCGCCCACAACAUGGAGUUCAGGUGUUGCUCUAUCCACUGUGAACUGUGAAGAAGCACCAGACAGUCGCUAGCUAGCUACAUAAAUUUCCUUUUGAAUAAAAUAGUGCAGUACAGCCUCUGUUAUGUGUUACACUGCAGUACCAUCCUG